AUGUUUAAGGCUGUUCUCAACGCUCCCUUAUCUAGAGUGAUUUCGCAAUUUGUGCGCACAAAUUACUCUGCAACGCGCAAGAAUCUUCUCUUAGAUGAGAGCACAAAGGUUAUUGUCCAAGGUUUCACAGGCAAACAAGGAACCUUCCAUUCUCAGCAGACUUUGGCUUAUGGUACUAAGUUGGUAGGUGGUGUCUCUCCAGGCAAAGGUGGAAAAACCCAUCUCGACCUUCCCGUCUUUAACACUGUUGGUGAAGCUAAGGAGGCAACUGGAGCGAACGCAACCGUCAUUUAUGUCCCACCUCAGUUUGCUGCCAAAGCAAUUGAUGAGGCUAUGGAGGCUGAAAUGCCCUUAAUUGUUUGCAUCACUGAAGGCAUUCCUCAACAUGACAUGAUUCGAGUUAAGCACCGCCUUAUGCGUCAAUCAAAAUGCCGCUUGCUCGGUCCAAAUUGUCCUGGAAUUAUCAAACCGGGUGUUUGCAAGAUUGGUAUUAUGCCAGGUCACAGUCAUGCUCCAGGUCAUAUCGGUAUUGUCUCAAGAUCUGGAACUCUUACUUAUGAAGCUGUUCACCAGACUACUGAGACUGGUCUGGGUCAAUCCCUUUGUAUUGGCAUUGGUGGUGACCCUUUCAACGGAACGGAUUUUAUCGAUUGCCUUGAAGUCUUCCUUAACGAUCCCAAUACUCAGGGAAUCAUCAUGAUUGGUGAAAUCGGCGGUCAAGCUGAAGAAGAUGCCGCAGCUUACCUCAAAGAACACAACUCUGGACCCAAUAAGAAACCAGUGGUCUCUUUCAUUGCCGGUGUUACAGCUCCCCCUGGUAGAAGAAUGGGUCAUGCUGGCGCUAUUAUUGCCGGUGGAAAAGGAGACGCUAAAUCGAAGAUUAAAGCUCUCGAAGAAGCGGGUGUGGUUGUUUCUAUGUCUCCUGCCAAAAUGGGCAGUGCUCUUUUGAAGGUAAAAUUUUUUAUAGACUAA